AAAUUAGACAUGGUAAGGGUUAAAAAGGGGAGGAUGCAAAAUGACUUGAAGUCAGUAGUGUUUGUGUGACAGAGAGACGAGCACAGAAAAGCUGAUCGAGGAAUAUAAAACGCAUGAUGGUAAGCGAUAAAGAGAAGUGCUUACAGGGUGAAUUUUUGCCCUUUUCUGAAUCCUUCUUCUGAAUCUCUCUCCAUCCUGCAACAUCUCAGGGAUGCUCUGCCUUUUUUAGAGCAUGUAGCUGCCUGCAUCUGCAGCUGCAGUCAAACUGAUCUCAUCUUUUUAAGUGCACUGGGCCUGAAUUCAAAUUGUACAAGAGUGAGUAAGGACUUUGUUUGGGAAGCCCUGCCAGAGAGAGAUCAGAAAAGUGAGUCAUCAGGGGACACACUGGGACUCAGAGCGGUCCUGGGGGAGAGAGAGAGCGGUGAGUCGGGACAUAAAAUGAGUCUGAACACCGGUCAAAGUCUGACCGUCAGCGGACAGGAUUUGACCAAGAAUGGCAGCAGCAGCCGAGCACCCUGGGAAGAUGCUAGGACAGUUUUGAAGCCUUCCACGCCAACCAGGAAACCUAAACCACCAAAGCCGGAGAACGCCAUCACCAUCGCCGUGUCGGCCCGAGUCCUCUUCACCAUGGAGAAGGAGCAGCAGAUCUACGAGCAGCAAGGCAUGGAAGAUUACAUCAAGUAUCAGGUGGAGCAUGAAACGGAGCCGUUCAGCCCCGGACCGGCCUUUUCCUUCGUCAAGGCUCUGGAGGCUGUGAACACUCAACUGAGGGAGCUUUACCCUGAGAGCGAGGAGCUGUUUGAUGUGGUGCUCAUGACGAACAACCACGCAAAUGUUGGAUUAAGACUCAUCAAUACCAUCAAUCAUCACCAGCUGUUCAUCGAGCGUUUUUGUAUGACUGGAGGAAACAGCCCCAUAGGCUACUUGAAGGCCUACCACGCUAAUCUGUACCUGUCUGCUGAUCCAAUCAAGGUUCGUGAAGCUCUGGAGGAAGGAAUAGCAGCAGCCACCAUGUUCACCCCAGAGAAGAUAAUGGAGGUUUCGGAGACUCAGCUGCGAGUUGCCUUUGAUGGAGACGCCGUCCUCUUCUCAGACGAGUCUGAGCGUAUUUACAAGGCCCAUGGACUGGACAAGUUCUUUGAACAUGAGAAGGCGCAUGAAAACAAGCCUCUAGACCAUGGGCCACUGAAGUGCUUCCUGGAGGCUUUAGGAAAGCUGCAGAAAAAGUUUUAUGCCAAAGGCCAGCGCAUGGACUGCCCCAUCCGGACCUACCUGGUGACGGCUCGCAGUGCAGCCAGUUCUGGUACCAGAGCCCUAAAAACUCUGCGCUCGUGGGGCCUGGAGAUCGACGAAGCUCUCUUUCUCGCUGGGGCACCCAAGGGCCCAAUGCUGGAGAAGAUCAGGCCGCAUAUUUUCUUUGACGACCAGAUGUUUCAUGUGGAGGGGGCAGCGGAAAUGGGGACAGUUGCGUGUCACGUGCCCUAUGGGAUAGCUCAGAGAGUUACAAAAAGAGGAAUAUGGGACAAAGACACUUCUUCUGCACCCAAGUAGCUGCGAUCAUCACUGUGCGGAAACACAGGAGACAAGAGGGGCAUUUAGUGUUAGCAUUCAGCAGCAUGAUGUUAUAUCUGCUGCGAAAUGAUUUACGCAAUCAAAACCAUGAUAAAAUGUCCUGGGCUGAAAAUUGAAUGAAGCCCAGUUGAUGCAAUAUCAUACAUCAUAUCACUACAUUAAACAAAAUUAUAUUUCAUGAACACUUAAUGACAUUUCAAAUGGUUAUUUUACCCACAAACAGUUUAUAAGUUGUACCUUCAUGACUUUAUUAAUUUAUCUUUUUGAUUUCCAGCUUCCUAAAAAUGUCUCUAGACCAAAAUUUAAUAAUUAGUUAUUAAUGGAAUACCAACAUUUAUAACUGCAUCAUUGCCGCAAAGAGCAGAAGAUCCCUGACAACCUGAUAAUGGUACAUUUGUUAUAAUUAAUAGUUUAUAAAUGCUAUAUAAAGUGCUAGUAAAGGAUUUAUUAGCCAUUAUUAAAGCCAUGCAUAAACCGUCUAAAGCUGUUAUAAAGGCUGUGUAUUUUGACAGUGGUGUUAAGUGCUGUUUGUAUUUAAAGGUUCCUUGUGCUGUUGAAAUGUUUUCUUUGUGUAGAUUAUAUCUCAUAAAGACAUAUUUUUACAUUCAUAGAUGUUGCACAGCCAUUUUUAAAAGCAAAAAGCCCUAUUAAAAUUUUAAAUUAAUAAUGAGAACUACUAAAAUAUGAAAAUAGCUACAAAAUUAUAAAGAAGACACCCGUAUACUGAUGAGACACCAAGUGAAUUGAGACUAUUUUUGAUAAUGAUUUCAGCUUUAUGCAGUUUUUGUGGAUUUGGGCACUUUAAUAAGUCUUUGUGUUUAAGCGUAACACUGGUGCCUUUUAUCUCACUGAUGUUUUGUGUUGCAGUUUUGUUCUUUUUGUGUCUAUUUUGCAUGUUUUUGUAUUUGUAUGUUGUACAUGUGGUUGACUGAUUAAUGUAUAAGAAUGUAAGACUGCAAAUUAGGUAUAUUGAAAAUUGUGAAAAUGCUAUUUUAUUUCAGAUUUCUUCCUGUUCAUGACAACACAGAUAUAUUUGAGCUCUUAUUUAAUUCCUUCACAUGCAAUUUGAAACUCUGCUACUUGUUCCCAAAUUGCCCAAAGUUCAGUGUCUCCCAUGUUCUUGCCUGUCUGUCGAACUUUGUCAUGACGUGUGCUGUUAUUGAUUAUUGUUGCGCUUACUGUUGUGUGAAUGAAUGUGAAGCACGUUGGUAUCGAUUGAGUCCAGUGUUGCUGUCAGGUGUGAAAUCAGGGUAAAAUUGAGGCAAAUGACUUGUCCUGAAUUGUUGCUCUAUUUCAAGAUUAAAAUAAAAAUGAAUUAG